AUGUCGCUCUACACAACCGAAAAGAAGAUCUGCGAGGCAGCAUUCCCCAGACACAAAGGGUCUACCGUCUCAACUUCACUGAGAUUGAACGUAGUGUACCAUAAGUAUAAGACUACAACUGUACUCGCCGAAAACGACAUUAAGAUUAACCUUGUGUUCGUUCACGGAACAGGAAUGAACAAAGCUGUAUGGAAGUAUCACAUUAACAAGUUGUUUCAAUUGGCAAAAUCCAAGGGCUGGCCUUUGGAUUUGGUCAUUAGUAUUGACGCUAUCCAACUGGGAGACUCUGCAAUUUUGAACAAGGGAAAGUUAGGUUGGUUAUAUCAUUGGGCAGAUGGUGCUAAAGAUAUCAAUAGCGUGAUCCGUCAUGAGCAAGGAACAACAGGUGACUAUAUCCAAGACGAUUACCAUAAGAAUGUCGCAAUAGGUCAUUCAAUCGGUGGUCAUCAAGUGCUCGUGGCUUCAUUCUAUGAACCAGAAUUGUAUGCUGCAGUUGUUCCUAUUGAAGCAGUGGUUUAUUCAAAUCCUGCUUAUACACAAAAAUUUAUCAAAGUGUUUGGUAAGUUAAGUGGAUUGAUUUUAGACACUUUUGAUCUGAUUGGUGAUGUCAAUAUGUAUUUCAAAGAACUUUCCUUUUAUCGUAAUACCAACCCAGAAAUCCUAGAUGACUUCCUUAAAGAGGAGAUCUACGUUGUUGAGGAGGGAGAAGCAGAGUCCCUGGAAAUCAAGUAUAAAACCAAAUGCUCCAGAGAGAAUCAAAUGGUUUCUUAUAUUUCAUCUGCCAUUUCAUUAACCCAUGCAAUGGCACUUCUUCCUCUUCUCAAGAACAGAGUUUAUCAUAUAGUUGGUACAGAGGCAACUUGGAACCCUCCUGAAUCAGUGUCAUGGAUCAGAGACAAUAUCGACUCCAAGUUAAUUACAGCUAUUGAUUUGCCAGGUGAACAUUUGCUCAAUAUUGAGAAUCCAGAUCAAAUGGUCGACACAAUUGGCGGUAUCAUCGACAAAGAGUCAGAGCAUUACAAGAGAGCCUUGGAGACAUCACCAUUCUCAAGAGGUAAAGACACCGAAAAGUCCGUGGAACAAAACUUGAACAAUCUUUUAACAGGUGAUGUUUUAAACGUAGACUACUUUGAGGUUUCUUUAGGACCAGAAACUAAAAAGUCCAAGUUGUGA